UGUCACGUCGUUUGUAAACACGGCAAAUCCACACCUGGAAGCGGCAUCCAAUACUCGUCUCGUGCGUAAGCCACGUAUCUCUUCCAGCUGGGCAACCUACACUGCCAAUUAACCGACACGCGUGCGCACCUCGUGCACCAAGUUGCACCUGAAUGGAGCGCUCAACGAGCUCGAAAUGGAAGAAAAUCUACGACGAAGACGGCGGGUCGCCCCCUAUCGACGACGACGAAGCGUCUAAGACGCAGCAGAACGACGAGCAGCCGCUCGUGAGCCAUGAUGACGAUCCCGCGGGCUACGCUGGGCCGCCGUUGCUGAUGCAGAAGCCUGUAGCCGCCUGGGCUGUGGGUGGAUUAGGAGCCUUGUUCCUUCUCGUGGUAGUUUUGGUGGUGCGCGGCAACACACUGCAAGCUCCGCGUGGGGUUCAGGCCACUACUCAAGUGGCUGAGUGGGUGGAUAUGCUGCCUAGCGAUGUGGUGACUCAUAUGGAUCGCGAAGUGGACCCUUGUGACGAUUUCUAUGAGUUUAGUUGCGGAGGCUGGCAGAAGCAGGUGGAGAUCCCAGCGGACAAGCCCAGUGUGUUUCUAUCGUUCACAACGGUACACGAUGAAAACCAAAAAGUACUGAAGGAAUUGAUGCAGCAAGGAUGGCCGCUAGUGGGGGAAUUGUACGACUCCUGCAUGAACUUUAGCAAUAUAAGCAGCGCGACGGCGGAUGAGGCGUCAUUGCAGGUAUUGGCUCCUAUUUUGCAGCAGAUUGCUGCAGUCAAGAGCAAGAAAAAGCUGUUUCAACUGGCAGGCGAAUUAUCCAAAGCAGGGCCGGAUUUCUUAACGGGACUUGGAGUAUCGGCAGAUGCAAGAGAAGCCACGAGAUACGCUCUGUAUGCAUCACAGACUGGACUCUCCCUUCCGGAUCCAGAGUAUUAUUUGGACAAAAAAAAGUUCGACUCCAUCAGCGACGCCUUCCAUGCGUAUGUAGUGGAGUUAUUCCUCCUGGCUGGAUGGGAAUCACGCGCAGCAGCAGCUCGGGCAGCGUCGGUAAUUGGAUUUGAGCAAACUUUAGCACCACUUUUCGUGCCUAAAGAAAAACUACAAGACCCUGUAGCAUCAUACAACCGCAUGAGCGUGGCUGAAGCUGCUGAGAAGUAUCCGCUUUUGUUUGCAAAGUUCGUCAACGGCACGGGACUGCUGUCCAGCCUUAAAGCCAAGAACGCGGAUGUGAUCGUGGAGACGCCUGCGUUCUUCAAGAGUGUUGAACGACUGGUAGCUGGAGACUCCGUUACACUGGAUACGUUGAAAGCAGUGUUGACGUAUCAAUACAUCAGCACCUACGCAGCAGUACUCAGCGAGCCUUUCGUCCAAGCGAGCUUUUCCUUCUUCGCCAGGACACUACGUGGCCAGAAGACUCGUGCUCCAAGAUGGAAAGUGUGUCUCCAACGCGUAACAGACAACUUCCCCGACCUCGUGGGCAAAUAUUUCGCUCUCUUGCGCUUCGACGAAGCCAGUCAACAGCUUGCCAGCCAACUGGUGACUCAAGUUCAGGCCUCUCUGCAAAAGAAUCUAGGACGAGUGGACUGGCUGGAUGGGGCUACUCGUGAGGCUGCGUUGGAGAAACUGGGGAAUAUGACGAACCUCAUCGGUCACUCCACUAAUCAGGAACAUUUUCCCUACGAGUUACGUGGCGACGCACCUCUGGCUGAGAAUAUGAGAGUUAUUAAACUGCACGAGUUUGAUCGUGUCGUGGCGAGGAUAGGAGGUCCUGUAGACCGCAACAAGUGGGCGAUGACCAGUGCAGCAGUCAACGCGUACUACCAGCCAACCGCCAACCAGAUCGUGUUUCCUGCGGGCAUUCUACAGCCUCCGUUCUUUGCUCGUGGUCGCCAUCCUGCACGUAACUUUGGAGCUAUUGGAAGUAUCAUUGGACACGAACUUACGCACGGCUUCGAUGCGUCUGGAAGGAAUUACGCUGGGGACGGUAAUCUCCACGACUGGUGGAGUAACCAGACAGCAGACGAGUUCUCGAAGCGUACAGAUUGUCUGGUGAAGCAGUACAACAGCUUCAAGGUGGUUAGUACAGACACGGCCACUGUAUUGGGCCACGUCAAUGGGAACUACACGUUGAGUGAGAAUAUCGCGGAUAACGGAGGGGUCAAGUUAUCUUUCGCUGCGUACCAUGAGUUCAUUACCGACCAAGCCGAGCAGUUGAGUAAGAUGAGCGAAGCAGACACUGAAGAACUCACCGCUACGAUGAGUCAAGCUGAACGUAAUUUACCUGGUAACGCAGCGGACAAGCUCUUCUUCAUCUCGUUCGCACAGGCCUUCUGUGCUAAGGCAAGUGAUGCCAGCAUGACGCAGCGUUUGGCCACAGACCCACACUCACCGGAGCGAUGGCGCAUCAACGGAGUUGCCAGCAACUCGCGAGACUUUGCCAAAGUAUUCUCGUGUCCUGCUGGUUCGCCUAUGAACCCCAAGACCAAGUGUCAGCUCUGGUAAGUUUUCAACUCGUAUUGAAUAAAUUCCCGUUUUGUAAGUAAUUUAUACAGGAACAGAGUUGAGUUGUUCGUCCAGCAGCUUGGCUUUCUCUUCCGAAUCUUCGUCGUCUGGGUCGGU